AUGGGGAGCUUACGGCGCGCAAGGGAUUUACACGCGGAAAGCUCUCGCUCUCUUGAAGGAGCGGGAUGGGGAGCUGACGGCGCGCAAGGGAUUCACACGCGGAAAGCUCUCGCUCUCUCGAAGGAGCGGGAUGGGGAGCUGCGAGCAAGGAAGUCACAUGCGGAAAGCUAUCGCUCUCUCGAAGGAGCGGGAUGGGGAGCUGACGGCGAGCAAGGAAGUCACAUGCGGAAAGCUCUCGCUCUCUUGAAGGAGCGGGAUGGGGAGCUGACGGCGAGCAAGGGAGUCACAUGCGGAAAGCUCUCGCUCUCGAAGGAGCGGGAUGGGGAGCUGACGGCGAGCAAGGAAGUCACAUGCGGAAUGCUCUCGCUCUCUUGUGCAGAAGGAGCGCCAUGGGGAGCGUCAAGGGAGGUCAAGAAGAAAAGAACGCUCUCCCUAUCCUGUUUCGUGCGUUUCUUGAAGCAGGAGCGCGUGGAGGAGGAGGAGCGCAGGCAACACCUGGAGUGGGCGGGGGAGGUACCACGCGGCGGGCUGUCCCUCUCUUGGAGCACGGAGCACGGGCAACACUUGGAGCGGGCGGAUGAGGGAACACGGGGCGAGAUCUCCCACUUCUGGCGGGAAGGCGUAAGCUUGAGGAGUUCUGGCAGCGGAAAUGAGCCGCUGUGGCGUGUACAGGGGCAGGAGCCAGUGGUAUGCAGCAAGAACACGGGACACACGAUCAGGUGUGCGGACAAGCAACCGUUUCCAGGCGAAUCAAAGGAAACGGCGCCGGUGUUUAAAGCACCUCAGGAGCCUCGAGCAGCAGCGCUUCCAUCGGGGGCUGAGGCACAGAAAGCGAGUGCAGGUCUGGUCACACCAGGCCUAACAGGCCUGGAAAGGCUCACCGCGGAAGCAGCAACGCUUCCAUCAGGAGCUGAGCCACAGAAAACGAGUGCAGGUCUGUUCAAGGCAGGCCUAACAGGCGUGGAAAGGCUCACCGCGGAAGCAGCAACGACGGUGGUUCCCAGGACAGGUUUUAGGGAGCGGAAGACGAGGGGGCCGGCAGCUUGCCAGCGUGUUGAAAGCAAUACGAGCCAUGCCAAUGUGAGUGAGAGACACGCUACUGGCAGUGAGGCGAGAGGUGGUGGGAGGGGAGAUGGUGGGGUGAGAGAUGAUGGGAUGGGAGACGGUGGGGUGGGAAAUGGUGGGGUGGGAGACGGUGUGGCUAUUGCUGGAAGCAGGGAUGAGUGUGUGGGCGUUGGUGGGGGUGGGAAGGGCCGGUCUGCGCUAAUGCAAGGGGAGGAGGACGAUCAGUUGGAACGGCAAGGGCAGCAGAACGAGUACGAGCAGCACCAUGGGCAGCAGUGCGGGGAGCAGGGGGAAGAUGACGAGGAGGGAAGGGAGGAACGUGAGGAGAAGGAGGAAGAGGAAUACGAGGAGGAGGGGGAGGAGGGACAUGAGGAGGACGGGGAAGGGGAGGAGUUGCAAGAGGACGAGGAGGUGUAUGAAUACAUGGAGCAUCCCAGUCUGCAGCUUGUUGACUCGGAGCCUAGUGCGUCUCACUAUCAUGAGCCCACAGAGACACCUAUGGAUUCGGGUGAUUAUGACUUGGACGCUGCGGCUGGUGGCAGAGCCAGAAGUGGUGCUGAUGCAGCAGCCGUGGCCAUGAUUCGUGGUGAUGCUUCAGCCUGUUCUGCUGAUGCUGCAGCAGCCUCGUCUCCACCGCCAGUUUCUCCUCCUGCUGCUGCUGCUGCUGCUGCUGCUGCUGCUGCUGCUGCUGCUGCUGCUGCUGCUGCUGCUGCUGCUGCUGCUGCUGCUGCUGCUGCUGCUGCUGCUGCUGCUGCUGCUGCUGCUGCUGUCACAGCGCCUGCAAGCACGGGUGCUACGCCCAACACCAUCACUGCAGCCCUCUCCCUUGUAAACCCACCUCUGCCUGUUUCUGCCGCACCUGCUUCUGCCGCACCUGCUUCUGUCGCAGCUGCUUCUGCCGAGGCUGCUUCCACUCUCCCUGCUUCGGCCAAUCCCAGCCGUCCCAAACCUUCCAGACGUGCUGCCGAGCCUCCCGAACGCCCCUCCGAACCUCGCCAGUACGCUUCCGAACCUGGCGACCUCUGCAGCACCUGA